AUGCUGGAAUUCAUGGACUACAUCCAGCUCGCCUUUGCCGAGGCGACGCGAUGGAAUCGCGACAACUCGUAUUCUUCUUUGACUGCCACGGCAGAGUCACUGCUUGACUUCCACGUCCCCGAACGACUACAAGUUCAUUUGUCCUCGCUGUCCACGCCUCAUUUCGCAACUUCAUAUACUCUCGGCACGGUUGGCUUGAUUGACGGAUCGGUGUCGUACCUCUUUAGUACGGUACCGCUGAACAACACGGCAUCUGAGAGCGGUAUUAUUCCAUUACGCAAACUUGUUCAUGGAUACAGGCAGAUAGAAGCCCCUAUCCCGCCAAUACGGAAUUGGGGGUGGGAUGCGAUCCCCUCACACCAGCAUAUUUCCAAUAUCAACAGUACAGAGAAUGACGAUUUAGUACGAAAAGCAACGCUACUUCAUGCGACUCUUCAUCUACCUCCGCCUUCGACCUUAACCGCGCUCUUCUUGCGACGUAUCUCUCCAACUACACAGCUCACGGCAGCUUUGGUAUCAACCCAGGGAACCCCUUUGGCCAAAUCGGCCCCGCAGGCAGCACUCCUGACUCAGAUUUCACACGAUACAGGAAGAUUUAGCAAUGAGUACUUGUUUAGCACAGACAAUGCGCUUUUCGGUUGGCGAGGGCUCUGGAACAUCGGCCUUGAUGAUACGCCAGGGCGACAAGCAACCGAUAAGGUUUCGUUGCUUUCUGCUGGCGCCGAGGCGUAUUAUUCCCCCAUUUCAUCUUUAGUAGGGCUGUCUACUGGCUUGAAAUUCACCACCCUUCCUGCAGCAGCCACAACUUAUAUGCCAUCGUCAUCUUCAUCAGGGAGUGGAAAUGGCAGUCCAAUAUCGAGUUUCCCAUAUACAUUAACCCUAACUCUUACACCGCUUACUGGCGCUUUAUCUACAACAUAUUCUGUUCGCGCCUCGCCAAAUCUCGCUUUUAGUUCCCGAUUCGGCUUCAACGUCUACAGCUGGGAAAGCGAAAUGGUAGCUGGAUGUGAAAUAUGGCGCAAAAGCCGUCGAGCACCUGAAGACGAUGGUCUAGAGUGGGCACGACGAAAGAUGGCCAUUGCCAGCCCAACCCCGACAUACACGACCUUACCCACUUCUAAAGCAGAAGGAGAGGAAGAGGAAGGAGACUCUGUUGUAAAGAUUCGCGUUGACCAGUCCUGGAAUGUGAGGGUUCUAUGGGAAGGGCGGGUCAAAUCUCUCCUUGUAACGGCUGGCGUUUCGCUGGGACCAGGGAGUUUCUCGUCUCUUUCUUCUGUUCCCCCUUCACCAACGACUGCACCAGGAGCUGUGGGUGUAACUCAAUCGAGCCAAAGUGCCGGUGGAGGGGCGUCAUCGAGCCCAAUGCCGUCGUAUUGGCGGGGGGUAGGAGUCUCAGUCUUGUACUCAUCUUGA